UAUUUCCAGUCACUUACUUUUGGUUGGAGACAAGUCACAUAUCUUUGAUGUCACAUAUCUUUGAUGGACAAUACAUGUCAUUGAUUUGAAACAAUAGUAGUAUAGUAUAUGAUUCUCUAUCCUCAUUAUUCCCCACAACCUACAGCUUUCUAGGAUUUGCUGAUGACCUCUGUUAUUUCUUACUGAAAGGUAGUCUGACCCUUUUGGUGUGCUUCAUGUAGCCUUUCCUAUUGUUAUCAUGUUAAAGUUCAAUUUCCUUGGGGGAUCAUCAUUAGUGUUGGUUUUCUUUUAGUCCUUUAGGUAUCGUUUCUUGGAAAACUUGUUAUUCUAUAUAAAUAUAAAUGGGCAAUUUUUCAUUAAAGAUUCCAUUGUAUAAAGUUUAAUUUAGUUUCCAGGGUAAUAGACAUCAUUGAUUUAAGAAAAAUAUCUUUGGUGCAAAUUUUUUAGAAAGUUAAAACCUAAGGGGUCUUAUAAUUUUUUUUAUUGUACAUAUUAUAUUUAUUCUUUGCCAUAUAUUUUUGUUCCUUCUUUGUAAGACUGAGGAAAGGCUACCUUUUCUGAAGGGUUGAGAGAAUGGUACGCUUUACUCCUCUUGAUAGUGGGUGAUAUAUUUUAGUGGCCUUGUGAAUCACAGAAAUUUACAGAUAAGUGUUACCAGUAUGUACUUGUUGUAUGAAUCCGUAGACUUACUUUAGACCAUGGCUGUUAAGUGAAAUUGUAGUGCCUCCCUGAGCUGUAUCCUUCAAUGAUAUGCUGGUGUUAAGAGUUAUUAUGAAAUAAUGUAUAUGGCACAUUAGCAAAAUGACAUCAGUCCAUUUCUGUGGAUUGACAAAGCACAAAUAGUUGAUGUAUUGACACUUAAUUAUACUGUAGUAUGUGCAUGCACAGUUCAUCACAAAUUUUUCAUAUUGAAAGGAUAUAAAGCAUAAGAAUUGGUAAAUUAUAUUACAAUUUGCAGACAAUAAGCCCCUGAAUAAGAAGGAUUGGUUUAAAGCACUACCAUAUACAGUAUUUGAAGGCUUAGUGCAUUGUAGGUAGUGAUAUAGCAUUUUAUUAUAGUUGAUCUUGAGUUAUACCUUUCAAGAGUACCCAGUACCCAGUAUUUUAAAUAUGCCCUCAAAUUUCUUCAGAUUUUAAGUGUUACAUUUGAGAUUAAAAGAUAGAUUUUUCUUGAGGUUGGCUUUCAUGAUUUAAAUAGUUUCUACAUUCUUAAAGAGAACCAUUUUUGUGGUUAAAUAAAAUUAUUUUCAUUUUUCAAUGUAGAUAAGUUACUUUGGUGGACAUGUUAGAAUGUUGAAUACACUUUUUUCUUUUAUAUUAUUAAGGUUAUAGCUCCAUUUUCAAUUUCUUCCCCUAUUAUUAGUAAACAAUUGGCCCAUAUAGGUUUGUCACACAUGGCAAUGUGAGGUACGUGUUAGUGAUUUCACACCUUUAUGUGUGCAUAUUGUACGUUAUAGUUUUGCAUCUUAAAUGUGCAGAAACCAAUAUUUGCCUUUUUAUUUGUGUUAAAUGUGCUUCUUAUUCCUAAAUUUCCUUUUUGCUAUUGAGUCUUGGUAAAUGCACAUGUUUUUUUUUUAUACUUUAUUCUGCAUGUAAUGUAUAGUAGAUGGAACUUGUAGAGUAUUUUUACUAACUUUUUGUCUUUCUUUCUUUGCCUGCGAUGAUUAUUUUCAUAGUCCUCAGGAUGGUGGAAACAACAGUAAGCACUGGGACAGUGUUCAGUAUGAAGCCAUCAAGUGCCUGAAAGUCAUUUGCAAUAACAUUGUUGGUAUCAGAGAGUUCUUCCGUCAAUCUGAAGGUUUCACACUUCUGGCUCAAAGUCUUAAUCCUGCAAAACCUAAUAUCAUGCUAGAGGUACUAAGACUGCUUUGCAGUUUUUGCCUUCCAAUUUGGCAGCAGGAGGGUUUAGAUGGUCAUAGAGAAGUUUUAGAUGCUAUCACAAUAGUUGGUGAGCUGAAGAAGCAGGAGAGAUUUGCACCCAUAGUCAUGGGUCUUGGAAUGCAAGGGAAUGAUCCCAUGAGGCUGAGUUGCUUGUCAUUGGUUAAUGCCCUUAUCAAUUUUGUUCCGGAUGAUAACCUGGAUUUCAGAUUGCAUUUGAGAAAUGAGUUCAUGCGCAAUGGUUUGCAAGACCUACUUGAAAUAUUAAAAAAGAGUGAUCAUGUUGACUUACAAAAGCAGGUUGAGGUGUUUCAUAAAUCCCGUCUUGAAGAUUUUGAAGAUUGGCAGGAUCGAUUUUUCACACAUGUUGAUGAAAUGGAAGAUCUUGGGAGAUGUUUUGAAAUUGUUAGACAGCAAGUGCAAGACUCCUCCUGUGAAACUCCAUUUUUAUCAAUAUUGCAGCAUUUAGCAUUUAUAAGAGAUGAUGAAAAUGUAAGAGCUGCAUAUUUUAAAUUGAUUGAAGAGUGUGUAUCACAGAUUGUUUUACAUAAGAAUGGAUGUGAUCCUGACUUCCGUGCUACAAAGAGGUUUGAAAUCAAAGUUGAUCAACUUUUGGAUCAGUUCAAGGAAGAAACUCGUUACAAGAGUGAAAAAGUUGCCACGGAGUACCAGUUACAACUUCAGGAAGCAUUGACCACAAAUCAGAAGCUAGAAGCAGAGUUGUCAUUGGUGAAGAGUCGCCUUGAGGAAGCAGCGAAGGGCAUUGACCCAAAUAAAAAGGGUGGCUUACCAACAGUCCCAGGUUUAGAAAAAAUUGUAGGUGGACCACCACCUCCUCCUCCACCUCCAGGAAUGGGUGGUCCUCCACCUCCACCUCCACCUCCUGGGAUGGGAGGUCCCCCUCCACCACCACCCCCUCCAGGUAUGGGAGGUCCUCCUCCACCACCACCACCUCCUGGAAUGGGUGGACCACCUCCACCUCCACCACCUCCUGGUAUGGGUGGGCCACCACCUCCUCCACCUCCAGGUAUGGGUGGUCCUCCUCCUCCUCCAGGUAUGCCAAUGGUUAGAGGACCCCCUCCAGAUGUUCUUCCAUAUGGAAUGACCUUAAAGAAAACUAUGAAACCACCUGCUCAAACAAAACGUCUUCAGUGGAAUAAAUUGACACCAAGUAAGAUGAGUGAAAACAGCCUCUGGGUACAACUUAAUAAAAAGGAAGGGAAAAUUAAUCAUGUUGUUUUGAAAAACCUCAGCGAGCAGUUUGCAGUGAAACAGGUUAAGAAAACCAAUGUUGAACAAGUAGAAAAAGCAGCCAAGAAAGACAAAGAACUUCAAGUGCUUGACCAGAAAACUAAUCAGAAUCUUUCUAUUGCACUCCGUGGUCAGUUCAAGCACAUGAGCCUAGAAGACAUUCGUUUAGCUAUUUUACAGUGUGAUGAAAGUGUUCUUUGUGUAGAUUCCUCUGGAGCUAUAGAUUCAUCAACUCUACAUAAUCUCAUUACAGCUUUACCAGAUCAUGAAAUAAUUAAGAAGCUGGUUAAUCUAGAAGGUAAUGCAGAAGAACUAGCAGAAGGAGAACUUUUCUUACAUAAGAUUGGUAAGAUUAAGAAAUUGGUGCCUUUGCUGAAAAACAUGGCUUUCAAAACUGAAUACCCAUCCUUAAUUAAAGAAACAAGACUUGAUAUUGUAAAUAGUAAAGCUGCAUUAGAUGAACUUAUUAAUUCCAAAAAGUUUGAAAAAGUUCUCAUGUAUGUUCUUGAGUUUGGAAAUGUACUUAAUUCUGGCUCUAGAAAUGCUGAUACUAUUGGUUUUGAUAUUAGUUUCCUUCCUAAACUUGCAAACACAAAAGAUGCAAGUGGACAUACAUUGCUGCAUUAUUUAGCUGAAACUAUGUUGAAAGAGGAAGCAGACAAUGCUAAUUUUGAAGAUGGCUUGUUGCAUUUCUCGGAUGCAGAACGUGUAAAUAUUGACGGUGUCAAAGCAAAUAUUGCAAAAAUGAAAAAGGAAAUCAAGAAUAUAGGCAGUGAUCUGCAGAGGCACACCAAGCAGGAUCCAGAAGAUAGGUUUAAGGAAAAGUUUGAAGAGUUUCAUAGAGCUGCUGAAGAGGAUGUAGCACUUCUGGAAGCUGAGUUUGAUAUUAUGGUUCAAAAGUAUACCAGGGUGUCUGAACUAUUUACCUUUGAAGUUAGUAAAUAUCCCCAGGAAGACUUCUUCAGGGAUAUUAAUGAAUUUAUAGCAUUAUACAAAAAAGCCAAAGAACAAAUAAUUAAGGAAGAAGAGAAGCGCCAGCGAGACAUUGAAGCACGAGAACGGGCUGAACGAGAUAAAGCUGAGAGGGCUGAAAGGGAUACCAGACAGCGUGCACUUCAUGAUGUCACUAAUGAUCAGAGCAAUACUGAGGUCAUGGAUCAGCUGGUGCAACUAAUAAACACGGGUCAAGCCUUUGAUGUGAUGGGUGCAGGCCGUAGAAGACGGCCUGGUAAGACAACAGCCGAGAGAAGAGCCCAAUUGAAUCGGAGUCGUUCGCGUACAGGUUUAACCGCACAGUCGCCAACUAGUAACAAAGAUAUUAAGCUCACUGACACUAUUGAGAUUGAUGUUGAGAAUCAGCCUGCCAGAUCUUCCCGUCCACGCACCCGUCGUCCUGGACUUCCAACGGGAUUAGAAUCUAGAGAAAGAAAUGUCAACCAGCAGAAUGAAAAUGGGGGUGACGUAUCAGAUAAUUUGUUGCAAAGGUUGCGUGAACUGUAAGGCUUAUAGUGGUCUGAGUGGGUGAAAUUGGACUGCCAUCAAAAAUAAAAUGGUUAUUUUACCAUAAGUUGUUUUUAAGUGUAAAUAGUGAUAUUUGUAAGAUAAUAAAAGUGGCCAAUCAUGUUAUUUAUUUUAAAAAAUAAAAAAGGUUGAUAUAUUUUAUUAUUCAGGCACCAAGAAUUAGGUAAGCAGUCAUGUUUCAGAAUACGUGUAGCUUAGAUUCUUUCUUAUCCCUGUGAUGGAUAUUUCCCAUGAUAAUGAAGCAUUUUAAGUUAACAUAUAUCUAUUUUCAUUGCUGUAUCAUGUAAGUUCUCUGGCAAUAUGAAAAGGAUUUUGUCCUUGUGAUUCUUCUUAUUUCAGGGGCUUUUGUAUUUCACAGGCUUAUUGAAUCUUUUAUUUAGUACAUUGGUUUUAUAGAUUUGGUCACUGAAAAUGCCCAUUUAACUGUCCAGAGGUUAUGUUGUUUUAGACUGUCCUUUUAGCAUCUCAAGUAAUUGGUUUUAUUAUGUAAGGUUUUUGUUCAUCUGUAAUUGAAACUUUGAGCACAUUGAAAAAUAUGCCAAUUAAAGAUUACUGAACAUCCUUAUGAUUAAGGAGGCCUACCAGUCUUCGAAGGUAUUGUUCUUCUACUUAGCCAGAGAACUUAUUGUGAGGAAUAUUGCUCUUCAUUUCCCAACUAAUUCCUUUUGAAGUGUGCAUUUAAACUUAUCCUUUAUCAUCAUUAAUUAAUUGUCUUUUCUGUAUGCGGCUAGUAUCUUUUUUAUUUUUUUAUUCUGAAUUACUCAAUACCCACUUAAUUGCACAUGUAUCUAUAAGGGGCAAAAAAAUGAUAGAUAUUGGUACAAAUAAUAUUGCUUAACCCUGAUGCUUUUGUGACAGACUUUUGCUUCUUUUAGUAUACAGUUUGUCAUUGAAAUCCAAAAACUUAGCAUCUUGCUAGUGUUCUAUAUGGUGCUGUAGAGUAACAUUAGUAUAUGUAUGAGGAUAAGAGUUUGCUAUUGAACUGAAUUAACCUGGAGAAUGUGAAAGAAUUCAACCAGUUGUUUUACAUAAAACUGAAAAGGAAAGUAAGAGAAUAGUUGGCCAGAUCCUUGAGGAUAAGGAAUAAAUGGACAAAAUCCCCGGGGGAAUUUUUACAGAUCAUUUCUUUGGUUCAAUAACUGCAAACUUAGCAUUGUCAGACUUGUGAUGCACUCAUUGUAGUGAUUAAUGCUGCCAUAGUAGAGCAGAGCAGCUCUUUUGAUUCAAAUAGAUUUUUAUAUUCAGAAAGGGCAAAUCUUUAUUAUCCUGAUUCUUGAAAAGUAAGUCUCUGCAGAAUGAAUAUCGAUACCGACAAAAAUAAACAGAAGAAAAUUAUACGUACAGUAAAUAAAUAUACAUAUAACGUAAAUAUAACUAUAUAUUUUUUUUUUAACUCUUCUGCAGCCUCAGUAGUAAUAGUUUGGUCAUCAGAGUUAAUUUGCUCAGUGUUAAGAAUACAGUGGACCCCCCCCCCCCACUAAUUUGCAGGGGAUGCGUACCAGAGUCCCCGCGAAUAGUUAGAAUCCGCAAAUACCGAGACCCCCUAUGAAAACCCUUGAAAGUAUCUAUUUUGUUCGUUCAAACUCAAGAAAAACCCACUGAAAAUGUUUAUAGUACCUUGUCUUUUUAAUAGUGGGUCCACUGUAUUGCAGAUAUAACUAACAAACCUGGAAAGAUUACAUUUGAAGCCUGGCCAAAUUUUAUUUGCCUUUUUGUAAUAAAGGACCUAACCUUUUCUGUAGGAUUGGAUAAUUCUUGUUAUAUGAAGUAAAGACUUUAGUAUACUGUACUUGAUAUUGCUGAUGUGUAAAGGGAAGCUUGUUGUCAUAUUUUUACUGCAGUAAACUAGGAAAUCUUCAUUCUUCAUAAAUAAUCUUAGUGCAAAUUGUAUUUGGUAAAUUAUUACUUUCUUUUUAUUUCUAACUGCAUACAUUUCACUUGGAACUUAUUUGCUCCAGUUUCCAUAUCAUCCCUUGUUUCGUACCAUACUUUAACAUUGCAAACGUAAUUAAAUUCAGUCAUAUAUUUUAGUGGCACUUAGCAUCUGCAAUUCCUUAUAUUUAAGUGCACUGAGGUCUAUACAUUUGUUGUCUCCAUUUGGUACGUCAGUGUGUCCACAAAAAACUAAUGGUUCCUUUCUAUUCAUCCCAAGGUGGAAAGGCUGCUAAAACUGUUUUGAUUGGGAAAAUUUAUCAAGUUUUGCCACUUAUAUAUGUAUUUUAUGUGAGGAUAAAGGACUGUGAACAUUGUUGUGCCACUACUUCUUUUAAUAAUCAUGAGAAUGUAGGGAAUAACUUCCAAGAAAUUUCACCAAGGCAAAAAUUUUUUUUUUUAUAAAGAGAAUUAGGAGAAUGUCAUUGCUUUAACUAUUUUGUUAAAAGUUGUACAAUUUGGGGAACAUUACCACUUGCCUCAUUAUGACCAAAUAUCUGCAGCCUUGAAAGUCUUCCCAAAAACAUGCCUUGGAAAUGACACACCCUCAAUGCUAAACACAUGCAUAAGUUUACUUCCAGUUUUAAACCAAUGCCUAAGUUAUAAUGAACUGCUGUCCUGAAAUUGCUGAAUGUCUGUGAUAGAUGAUAGGAAAGACAUUAUUUCAAAUGUUCCCAUAUAUCAAACAUGAAUUGGAAGAUUAUCAUCAAAAUUUAUGAUUGAAAUGUGUAAUAUUGUGUUCUAUAUAGAUAGCUGUUCAUUAGAACUUUACAGGUUUAAUACUGAAUGUAUACUUAUGCAUGGGUUUAACACUGAGGGGCAUGUAAUUUCCAUAAAGGGGGUUUGAAACGGAGUCCCAAUUUAGGGAUACGUACUAUGUAAUGUCCUGAGCUACCUUCAUUCUGCUACAUAUGUAGGGGCCAUUGGUUAGAGAUGGACCCUCAACUGGACAACAUCAAGUCUAAUCAUGGAAUUUAUUACACAUUAUGGAUAGGUUACUGUUGUUACACAAAAAUUAUGGAACACAUUACACUUACAUUCACAUGAAUGAUUUUAUAGUAUAAUAGCACUACAUUGAAUAUUUGCUUAUAGGUAGUAUUGCUGUUUGAUGUCAAGAAUCUUGUAAAAUGAGUAAUUAUUAGAUCAUUAUUGCAGUGUUUUGUUAGUUAGCUCUUGAAUCCUUUCAUUUUUCACUGACACAAUUAUGUAGGCCAGUUUUUUUAAAAUUUGUCUCAAAUGUAACUUAAAUUAUUUAUUCAUUAUUGAUAUCCAGGAUGUCUUCAGUUUUUCUGUUUCAUCUUAUGGAUAUUUUCCUCCAAUAGAAUUUCCUAGACAACUAAUACAAUUUUACCAUCUUAGAAAUCGUCACUAAUUUGAGAAAAUAUCUUUUCGAUAAAUAUUUAAAGAAUAAAGAUGCUUACCAUUGGGAAUCUCAGAUGAUAUUUGAAAAAAAGGAUUAACCCCACUUUUUGUUAAGUUGGCUGAACAGGAUGCUUGUGCUAGAUCAGCACUUGCGGACAUUUGCUCUCUAUCCAAGGUCUUGAAUUGUUUUUGGGUUUUUCCAUAAUUUACAUAUUUACUUUGUCAGUGAACACAGUGACUUAAGUUAAAUUUUAUAUACUCUUACAUCUUACAUAAAAAUUUAUAUGUAUACCAAUGUGCUCAAUGUUUUUUUAGUUACAUAUAUAAAAUUACUAUGCAGACUUUUCAGAUCGUAAGAAUUUAUAUAAAUGUGCUUAGUUAUGUGAUUAUGUAUAUAUUUAUAUAAUUAUAAGAACCAUAAUCAGUUAACAGGAAGUAGAAAAAAAAUAAACAGUACCAAGUAUAUUGUGUAAACAAGCAGAAAACAAAGAACUGUUGAGCUGCAAAGGCUACUGAAUCAAAGCACCUCUUUAGAAUUUUUAUUUCGUAAUUAAUUAAAAAGACUGCUGUAAACUUGAUCACAAGAAACAGCAGGAUUUGCUGAAAGAUAAACAUCAGUUAUAGAAUGAAAAACAAAUAGCAGAAAUGGUAUUAAAAUGAUAACUGUAGGAGGUAUAUUUUGACUGGAAAAUUUCUACUGUAUAGGAAUGUAUCAGAUUAACUAGAUUAGUACAAAAAAAAUUAUGUGUGAGUAUUAUUUUAAAUUUCUUAUUCUAAAAUUUCCAGAGCCCUGUCUCCCAAAGUUUAUAUUUUUAUCUUUGUGUCUAAUGGCCCUUCCGUAUCAUUUGAGACAAUUACUUUUAGUAAAUUUAUUACUAAAAGGCGUUGUUUGUUUUCUAUUAAAUAUUUUUAUUAUUUAGAUUUUGUAUUUGUUGUGAUUAAUGAGUUUGUUAAUAUUUGUCUGUGCCUCCAUAAAAUUUCUCUCUGUAUUAAGUAGAUUCUCCAAUAUCUAUAUUGUUAGACAGACAUACAUGCAUAUCAGCAGUUUACUGAAAAGGCAUAAAAAGUGCCACUGAAUGUUUAGAAAUUAUGAAGUGGAGAUAAAUUACAACAAAUGUGUAGUUUAGUAAGAUGCUUGUUUCUUUGGUGCCAAACUUUAUUAUCUACAUCUUUCUUCACUCUCUUUGAUCUAAUAAUAUUGUUAUCUAAUGUCUGAAGCUGUAUUAAGAACCUUUUCCAGUUUUAGGUGUUUUUUUUUUCUUUGUGUCAUGUUUCUGUUAUUUUAUUUCAGUAUAUCAAUUUUAUGUGCUUGAGAUGAUACACUUAAAACAAUUUUAUAAAGGAUUUCAAUUUUACAUUUAUAUUUUUUUGCUUAUUAAAGUAACGAGGAUGAUUUCACUCAUUGCCAGAUUUAAGAGUUCCUUUUUUUUAUAUAUAGUACAAGAUAAUGCAGACCUUUAAUCAAGGUCUUAAACUUUUCUGAUAUUGACAUCAUAGCUUCUGGUCAGUUGCUGUUAUGGGUUUCAGCAUUGUGUUAUUUAUGAUAUAUUUAUAUUAAUCUUCUGUUGUUUGGUAAGGAAUCCUCUGGUGUGAAUUGCAUUAUCAGUAAUGGAUACCAAGUUUGGUGUAACCAACCUGAAGAGUAUUUUUGAAGGUUUCUUUACAAUUCUUACUUUUUAGCAAAACAAAAAUUAGACUUGGAGGUAAAGUUGUUGCAUUACUAUUAAUUAAUCACCAUAGUUUCAAAGAGAAGUGGUGAUUAAAUUUUAAGAGUAAAAGAUUUUUUCUUUUUAAUAGAUUGAAUAUCACUGAUGCUGCUCAUAUUGAAAUGUUCUUGGGUCUUUCAGAAGUACUAUGAAUACCCAUUUGAAAGAACAGAACUAAAAUUGUCCUUAAAUUUCUAAAGAAUAUAGAAAAUAGGCCAAUUGUGUUCUUUAAGGAUUUUUUUUUCAUUUUUAUUUUGCUUCUGUUAUUUUUACCUCCAUAUUAAGUAGUCUUGCUAAUGUCUUAUAAAAAUGAAAGUUAUAUGAGCUCUAGUGUCAGUUCACCUUUGUUUUAAGUGCACAUGUCUUAGAUACUUGUUGCAACUAUGCACAGUAUAGAGUUACCUCCUCUGAAAAGUUUUAAUUAUACAUGUAGUCAUGUUAAGUUAUUUCUUGUGUCAUGGAGUUGAUAAUUGGAAGUUUUAUUUUAACAUUCUUUAGAAUGGUGGGCAUUUGAAAUUUGGUAAAUUUGGGCAAGUUUUAAGUAUAAUGAUUAAACUUAAAGCACUCCUGAAUUGUAUUUAUCAGUACUAUAUGUAUUUUGUGAGAAUUUACUGCCAUUUCUUAUGGUUAGUUUGAUCAUUUUUUUUGUGUUUUUAGAGAUUAACAGUUCACAGAAAAGGAAUAACUAUAGAUUAGCUUUUAAGACAUAAAUAUGGAACAGUACUGAAGUAGGUGAAUUUUCAUGAAAUCAUGCUUUCAUGGAUAUUGUUUUACAUACAGAGAACCUUUCAUUAGAAUUACAACUCAUACAACGAAAAUCUCUAGUACAAAGCCAUGGUUUUGAAAUGGUUAUAACAAUUUGCUUGUCAGGAUGCACUUUUUCUUUAAUCAUACCAAUAGUUAUAUAUUAUUUUUGUGAUGUUUUGAUAAAAGAACUUUUUGUCUAGAAAACUUUUUCGUUAUUCACAACAGAGAAUUUGUUUAAAGAUCAUAUUGUUGACAUUAUGUUGAAAUUUUAGGUAAUUCAUGUUGGAGCUUAGAUCAUGAUACUACGGUUUAUAUUCUGUAUGUCUCAUUCAGAAUUUCUAAAAUUUAUUUUUUUUUCUAAUGGGAAGGCUAAUUCAUUCCAUACAUCAUAGAAAUGAUAAAAGAUGGUUUAUUCCCAGUGUGAUGAGGUCAAUAUAUGUGACUUCAAUUUUAAAUUUAACUGAAUGAGGGUAGAACAUUGAUGGAAAAUUGGUAGGUCAUCACCAUAUAAAUGCUGUAAGCAGUUAUUUUUUUGUAAGACAUACAUAUUGGCUUUUACAUUGCCCUGUCCUUUUGAUAUCAGUAGUAGUUUUUUUUUUUUUUAUGCAGUAAGGUAAACAUUAAUUCAUAGGUUCUCCGUGUAGUACUGUGUUAUAGUUGCAUACAGUAGGAAAGAAUAUGGGCAUCUUUCUUGCACUGAUGUUCUAAUUUCUAUACUAUACAGUACUUUGGUAUAUAUUCCUUGAUAAAGUAGUAUAGUCCUCAUUUGGUAGUUACUUAACAGAGACAAUUGUAGCUUAGACAGUGAGUUGUUUUUAAGAUUGCUAGAGAUCUGUUUCUAGUUCACGUGAACUGCAACAUUUGUGUGUUUUAAUGUACGUUUUCUUUACCAUAGUAUAUGAAGUUUGGCUUAUUGAGCUUUACUUACACUGUAUUUUCCAUGCUGUGAUAUCUUUUGAGGUGCAUUCAGAGAUGUUGUUCCAUAGCUCUUACUUGUGUUCAAAAAUAGAUCCACAUGUAUUAGUGGUGCUCUUCACUACCAUAUAUGUAUCUUAACACUGCCCAAGAUAGCAUUAUGGGUAGUCUUAUUGUAUGAGUUCAUGUAAUAAGCAUCUGUGUGAAAUCAUUCAUUAUAGACAAAAUAUUUUUUUUUUAUUUAUGGCUUACAUUCUUCAUAGGAAACUCUUACUGAUGCUAUCUGUCAGGUGGAUGGCAAUGUUAGUUAAUUAAAUUUUGCAAAUUAGCAUAUAAAUAUGCUAAUUAUAAAUAUGCAUUUGCUAAAAUGUUUGUUGUUAUUUUGUAGUGAAAACGGCUUUAAAAGUUACGAGUCCUGACAAAAAUGGAAAGAACAAAACUUUUUGUAUCAUUACAUCAGAUGUGUUUUGUAAAAUCAGCUACAGUCAUAGCAACGUUUGUAGGUUUUGAAAAUUUUGACCCAAGCUUGCAUAAAUAUAAUUCUUGCCGUUAAAUCUUUGACAUUUUUAUGUUACAGUUUGAUGGAAGUUAUAUAUCAUGAUAGUUGGAAAGGCUACUGCUUUUAAUUCAUAUUACCCCUAUAAAGAAUACAGUAAUUGUGAUAUUUUUAUAGUUUUUUUUCCUUUUAUAUUGCUUAAAAAUCCUAGAAUUUGUAAUUAAAAUUUUUUUGGUGAAUUUAAUAUAAGGAAGCUAACCUAUAAUGAAGUUAAGUAUAUCUGAAACAUUAACGUUUUAGAAGGGUGAAAAAUGCAUUGAUUUUAAGCAGUUUUUCACAUUUCUGACCUCUCAACUUUUUUUGUCAGAGAUAGACCCAGAAUAUGGCACACACCAUACAGAAGCAAUUGCUAUGUUGUGAGAAACCUAUUUCAGUAGAAUGCAAAUUGUAAAAUAUAGCAAGCUUUUAAAGACUUAGUAAGAUUCUCUAUCUUUUUAUAUUCAUCUUAUAGGGACAUUCCAAUUAGGUAGCUGGGAUAAUUUAGUUUCAACAAAAUGCUAACUGUAUUGCAAGCAGGAAAUGAAUUGUCUGUUUACACUAUUUAAUUCAACAACAGAGGUCCUACGUUAUUACUUUUGUCAUAUUUUUAUCAAGUCUCAUCCAAAAAUUAGUCUUAAUAUGAUUUGGCUAUUAUUUAUACAGUUUAAUGCUAUUAAGUAAAACUUUUUCAGUAUUUUUAGUCAUUUAAAUAGUCUCCCAUUUUUGCUUUUAUGAUUUUAUGUGUUACCAUAGUGAAACUGGAUAAAUAAUGUAGUUUGAAAUAUUCCACUAUUUUUUUUGUCCUGUAUGUAUACAGUUUUACAAGACUGCAUUCAGAUGCAAUGGUUAUUCAUACAAUGUGACUUGGUAAUUUAAGAAUGUGGUGUGAACAAUAACACUUCAAUCCAUGUUGACUUGAAUUUGCAUGGAAUCCCAUUUAACCCCUUGUUGAUUAAUUUACUAUAUAUUUGUAUAAGCUGAAUGAUAAGCAUUUCUUUUGGCAGUGCAUAUUACAGAAACAUGGCAUUACUCUUCUAGAAAAUAUUUUUCAAAAAUCUUUAAUGAAGAAAAUAUGAUCGAGUUCCUAAGUACUUCAUUAUCAAAUAUUGUUUCAGAUGCACUUGACUUGCCAUUGAAAGCUAGUAAAUAUAAUGUGUUUAUAAAUUCUAUGAUUGAAAUUGGUAUUCUUUAUGGCUUGUUUUCUAAGUUCUUCCAACUUUAUCAUUUAACAGUCCCACAAAGACUGUGUUAAUGCUGUUUUUGAGUGUGGGUUAAGAAACCAAAGACUGGGUUUAGAACAUCUCUGCCUGCCAUUGUCUCUUAAGUAAGAAUAGCUGAUGAUAAGGUAAGCAGCCAUAUUUAUUUUCUUGCUUACAUUGAAAGUACUGUUUUAAGUAGUAGAUGUUCUUGAGAAAAAUACUAUUAAGUGGCUCAUGAAACCAUAGUUUACUUUGUUUUAUCAUACAGCCACCUUUUCCAGAUGCAUUAAUAUAUAUUUAUUGUAAAAUUGUUACCCGUAUUUUUGUACAUUGUGGAUUAAAGCUUGCUGUCUAAAAGCGCAAUUCCUGAAGCAGUCAUUCCUAAGUGUCCAGUAUACCCAUUUCACCAUUAAUAAAUAUCAAUUUGUGCUGCAUUUCUUUAUCUCUCUAUUUGUAAAAUCCAACUUGUUCACGAUUUGAUUGUGAUGCCAUAAAGUUUGCGCAUUGUUUCCUCAAAUGUACCCAUAACAAGCUACCGUUACUAUUGAGGGAAUACCAUUCACAUUUUAAUGUUAAUGUUUUGCUUUUUUGUGAAAUCUUAAAAUAGAUAUUUAGAUUAUUUUGAAGUAUAUGUUUAGAUUAAUUAUAAUUAAAGUAGAAUGCAAGAUUAGACUAAAAAAAUAUUUGUUUAAAAAAAAAAAAAAAAAAAAAGUCCUGAGAGGAAAGUUCAGACAAUAAACAGUAGUUUUGGAUUUGUACUUGACCUGUCUGGAAUUAGCUUGUCAACAUCUGUCAUUGAUAGCAAUCCGUACAUAUAUUUUGGUAGGAAUGGGAACCAUGGUUUUUGUGUUAACCACUUCCAUUCCAUUCCUGCCUAUUUGUAAAAGAAUUGGGUGAUACCAGUUUUGCAUUUUAUAGGUGUUUUUAGAUACAGGAUGGUGAAAUAUGAAGUAGAAAAAAAAAAGUACUGCAAUCAGUGGUCUAAAAAUUUUUUUAUCACAUACAAUAUUUACUGUAGUAAAGCAUUGCAAGUUUGACAAAGUAAGUUAAGAUGGUUUUUACAGCUGUAUUUAGUAGGGUUUUCUGGAAAGAAUUAGAAAUAAAAAUCUGAAUAUCUAUUUUUAUAUGCCAAAAUUAUAAAUUUCAUAUAAUGGUCACCCUUUGAUAUUGUGCCUAAGGUUUAUUCUUGUAUUGGUAAUUUAAGGGUUUUUGAGAAGUACCUGUAGUUUCCUUAAAACAGUUUUGACUAUCACACAAGUAUUAGUUUGACGAAUGUUAUCUGUUAUAGAAUUUAUUUUCCUUGAGGAAUGCUAUUUGUAUUUUAAAAUUUAUUUUGAUUUCCCUAACAUAAUACUGGGAUAUUUUCCUUUCUUAAGAGUUGCAUGUAAUACAAUACUGGCACAUUUUCAUCUCUUAUGACUUACUUGUAAUACUGGCAUAUUUCCAUAUUUAUCAAGUUGCUGGUUAUUGUUGCUUAAACAUUUAUUAUAAGCUCAAGUUCAAAAUAUCUAGGGAGAGUUGUUGCCAGUUAUAGCAAUAGAAUACACAGAUCCUUCUUUGUCAUAAAUUUUUUAUACCUUAAAUUUUUCCUGUUUGAUUGGUAUGAAUUUCCAUUACUGGAUGAUUAUUUGUCAUCCUUUUAUGGACUUUAGUAUGACUCAAAUAUUUUAAGGGCAACUGAUGUAGUUACGAUGAAUCUCUCCCAAUAAAACUCUGCAGUAUAGUUACACAUGUGACUCAUAAUAGUAAUAAUAAUUAUCAGCUGAUAUUCUACAAAGAAGCUAAAUUGGUUGAAGGUUAGUGUUGGACAUCAUUUUCCACUUUUAUUUCAUAUGUAUACUUGGAUUAGGAUUAAUUUUGGACUUAAUCCUUUUUAAAAAAAUAUUACAAUCUUCACUCAUGAUUUUACUCAUUUCAGUACGUACUAUCUCGAUAAAACAGUUUUCUUACUAAGGAAUUUUGUUUGAUUUCAGAGUUUCAUUUUCAAAGAAACUAAAAUGAAAGUAGCAUUUGAUCUCAAUUUGACAGGUAGGUUACUUGUGAUUCUCAUUGCAGUGAAAAUCUCCACAUCUAAGCACAAUGUUUUGAGUACAAACAAUUCUUAUUGUUUAUGGAGUUAAUUAAAAAAAUAUAAAUAAUUAUCUGAAGAAUAGUUGAGAUUAUAAAUAUUUUUCAAAAGUUAUUGUACUUUAUUAUCAACAAUUUUAAAUUGCUCAUAUUAGAUACGUGGUAUAUUUUCUCAGGUUUUAUUAGAUAAAUACAGUAUAUAAUUGACUUUGAUAUCUUAAAAUUUUACAAGAAAUACUUGUAUAUUUUUAACCUUAAAGUAAUAGUUUUUUAAAACCAACAUUUUACUAUAGAUCCAGAGGCAAAACAAAUAUUCUUAUGCAAAACCUUGUCAUUUUACAAAAUAUUCAUGUAAAUGUUCUAAUAUUUUUUACUGGAAUGGAUGGGUGGCAAUUCAUUUGAUGAUUCAAUACGUAUAUGUAUUUUGCAAGUCAGGAUUUUGAUUUAAAGUUUUGAAAAUUUGUCAGUUGAAAAGCAAGAUUCUCUCAGUAGUUACUGCUCAUACUUAAUAUUCAGCUUGAUAUUUUUCACUUUAAUUAGUGUGGGGAUAAAGUAGUUACUGCUCAUACUUAAUAUUCAGCUUGAUAUUUUUCACUUUAAUUAGUGUGGGGAUAAAUUAGACCUUAAAGUAAUUCUAUUUUUCAUUGGGAUGGUACGUAGUAGUAAUGUAAAUUCCACUCACUGGAUGCUUAUUUCUCCGAUAUUUCCUGUGGUUUUGGUUUAUCUAGAAAUUUAACAACUUAUGUAUCCUUCAGAUAUCUACAACAGUAAAGAGCCACCUCCUAGCAAUUUUUAUAUUUGACACUACACCAGAUAUUGAGUUAAUAAAGAUGCAAACACAAAAUACCAGCAUAAAAUUACAAAUUAACGUGGACUCAGCAUCAUUAGUUUCUUUUACGUAAUUUCUUAUGUUGUGGGCUCAGCAUCAUUACUUAGCAGUAUACAGCUGUAGUUUUGCUCUAGAGGUUUUAUGGAAAAAUUUGCUUUGUUUCGAGUUCACUCCAAUGAAAAGACUAAUCUAAAACUUUAAGCAGAAUAGUUUGUAUGCCACAAUGUUAAAAUACAUCAUGUACAACAAAACUAGCAAAGGAGCGAUAUGAAAUUCUAGUUAAUUUUGUGGUAAGCUGAUAUGGAAGUUGUACUUGUGGACAAAUUAUUAGAGAGAGGUACUAAGAAAUCUACCUGCUUGUCAUAGUGCUCACUAAGGAGAACACAGUUACCUGAAAAUUUUUAUGUAUACAGUACCUGUAUAUGAAAGUCCCCAAUAUUUAUAAAAUAAUGAAAUCAUGAGACAUAAAUAAGUGAUGUGCCCAAGUCUACCCACUAGGAACAGACUUCAGACCCAUGACUUGAAGGUCGGGGUGCAGAAUGGAAUUAUACAGUUUAGGCCAAGCACUGGGGCCUAUGAGGUCAUUCAGCACUGGUGAGGAAACCGAGAGUUAGAAGGCUUGAAAGGAGCAACAGGAAGAGAACCUCGCAGUUGCACUAUGAAAUAAUUCUUAGGAGAGGGCGGAUAGUGAGAUGGAAGAAAGAGAAUAUGAAUUAAGGUACAGGUAAAGGAAUGAAGGGGGUUGCAGCUUUGGGCCAAAGGGAUGCUGCAAAGAACCUUUAGUAAUGCCUACAGUGCACUAAAUGAGGUGCACUGAUGGCACUACUUCCCCAUCAGGGGGUCAGGGUGCAGAGGAUGGCACAAUCCAAGGCUUGAAAACAGUGUAUAUGUAGUCACCAUCUAGCAUAAGUAAAUGUGUGGCAUAUGUGGUAACUCGGCAGCCACAAACUCUGCACAUUUUCCCCAUUAUUUAUUGGAAAAUACAACAAAAUUUUAAAUGGAAUAAAUUUAGACAUUUUCUUUUUUACUAGUAUUAUGACUGUCUUGUAAAAAUGUAAUUUAUCACUUACAUAAAUUUUACAAAGAUUUUAGAUAGGUUACUGGAAGAGAUUAUGCUAAUAGCUCCCUCAAGGUCAAUAUAUAAUAUUUUAUUCCCCCCUGGGUGUUUGAUUAAGUAAAAUUUAUAGCUCUUUGAUGCAGGGUAUUAGAGUGGGUUUUAGUAUUAAGAUUGUUACCUUAUACAAUUCUUGUCAGGUUUGCUUCAAGUCAUUUCAUAUAGUAAUAUCAAGUUGUGAUAGUGAAGCUCUUAAUGCUUGACCUAAUUUUAUUCCUUUGCAUAAAAGUUAUCUCUUGAUGGAAAAUGAGCAUUCAUUUGUUUAAUAUCAGCUAAAGGUGAAAUCUGUAUGAAUGAAAAUGUGAAUCAGUAUUACAAGUCUAAAUUCUGAAAUAAAUCCUAAUGAGCAGGUAACAUUAUUUUUUCACAGAUCAUAAUUAGAUAACUUUUUUUUAGCAGCACUUUGUGUAAAGAAUUGUGUACUUUGUAUACUAUUUGGUAGCAUUACCAGUUCUGAAUUUUUUAAUGGGAGUCUUUUGGAUAUCUUUUCAUGUGUCUUUUGAAUUUACUUCUGAAAGUAAUUGUAAUUAACUGUGGAGCAUUAUAUUACUUGUUUAAUUAGUUCUGAGUGUUUUCGUCAUUGUUAUCCUGGUACUACUGAGUGAUAUUCUCUUUUCUCUUGAAAAGAAGUACAACAUAAUUGAAGUACCAUCACAGGUUUCAAUUGGUGUAUGAUAGUUAAAACAGUCACUAGGAAUUGUUUACUGCAGCCCUUUAAGUGAUGCAAUAACUGCCCAAGAUAAUAUUAAACAUGAAAAUUUUGUACAUAGUUUUUUAGAAACUGUUAAAUUUUUUAAGAAGUUAAUAAUUUGACAAAUUUUACUAUUAUUAACCAGAAAUAAAUUCUCUGUAGUAAAA